ACGGAGGACCAGUUUUCCAGCAGUUUUCCCGCACACAGAAUCACUGCCAGCAGCCGGGAUUAAAGUAUCCGGUAUCCGGAAUUAAUCGCGAUAACCGUUCGACCCGAAGGAAACGACAACUUCCAGCGGAAGAAUGCUUUAAUUCAAGAGCAAGCGAGCAGAUUUCGCGGGCUGUGUAGUCUGAAAAGCGAGAACCGUGAAAAAAGGGUGUGGAAGCUGUAAUUUUCACCCCGUGUGAACAAGAAGCCCACCGCAGCAGAGGACGUCGGAAAAUCCGGAUGCCCAGUGCACAAAUCGGAGGCCAAAUAUAGUUUUAAGCCAAAACCGAAAACUUUCGCGUGUGAUAUUUUCCGUUUUCGAACGAAUAAUAUACAAAUUUAUAUGAAUCUGAAAAAUCUGUGGAACUGAAAGGAACAACCCUUCGGCACAGCGGCACGAGGAAUAGACAACGAGCAACGGUGCAGCAGAACAAGGGGAAAGUGCGUGUGAUUUGAACCUCUCGCUUUGGAUUAUUAGAAAAGGAGGGUGUGUGAUAUAUUAUACACAUUUUUUUUCGGUGCUGUAGUCACCGGGACAAGGGAGGAUUGCAAGAGUUGCCAACUGUUACGAUAUCGUUCGAACGAACGAACAAACGCAAAACUGACUGCUGCUUCUGCGGGAAAAACCACGCGCAGCACCAGCAAGGACUGACGACUGAGCGCGAAGAAGCAACACCUUCCGGAGAACUUACUCAUCGCAGAAGGUCCUUGUUUUCCAACAAAACCAUUCCCUUAGGAUUUUUUAAUGAACUAGGACAAGCCAAAGGAAUUGACGAACCCGUUGAACUUCCAUUAAAUAAAUCGAUUGCCACAAACUAAGCUUUUUGGCGCUUUGAUUGGAAAAACGCCUCGCGAAAACACCUACACACAAACGCAAACAACUACAACAAGAAGAAGAGAAGAAGAACAAAGGAUAAGACUCGUAGUGUUAAUAAAAUUUUCCACAAAACUUCUAAUCAGAGCAGAGGGAAAACAGACGACAGGGAAAAAAUGGGUGGUUGUGCGUCCAAAGAUAAGAAGGAAAAGGUGGUGGAGAAUGAAACAGCUGCCGCUGCCGGAGGAACCGGCACCGAAGACGCCGCAAACAAUGGUGGUGAAGGGUGUGUAUCAAACUCGAUGGUAUUUCUGUCGAGAAACAAAUCAGACACCAUGGUUGACGCCGCAGUUUUGGAAAAGUUGGAAGCUGGCUUCACCAAGCUGGCCGCUUCGGACUCCAAGUCCCUGCUGAAGAAGUAUCUGACCCGUGAGGUCUUGGACGCCCUGAAGAACAAGAAGACCUCGUUCGGAUCCACCCUGCUGGACUGCGUUCAAUCUGGUCUCGAGAACCACGAUUCCGGUGUCGGCAUCUACGCCCCCGAUGCUGAGUCCUACUCCCUGUUCUCGGAUUUGUUCGACCCCAUCAUCGAGGACUACCACAAGGGCUUCAAGAAGACCGACAAGCACCCGGCCGCCGACUUCGGUGAUGUUGACUCGUUCGGCAACGUCGACCCGACCGGUGAGUUCGUCGUGUCCACCCGUGUCCGUUGCGGUCGCUCGAUGGAGGGCUACCCCUUCAACCCGUGCCUGACCGAGGCCCAGUACAAGGAGAUGGAAGACAAGGUUUCCGCCACCCUGGCCGGACUGGAGGGUGAGCUGAAGGGCAAGUUCUACCCAUUGACCGGUAUGGACAAGGCCGUCCAGCAGCAGCUGAUCGACGAUCACUUCCUGUUCAAGGAGGGCGAUCGUUUCCUGCAGGCCGCCAACGCUUGCCGUUACUGGCCAACUGGACGUGGUAUCUACCACAACGACAACAAGACCUUCCUGAUCUGGUGCAAUGAGGAGGAUCACCUCCGCAUCAUCUCCAUGCAGAUGGGUGGCGAUCUGGGACAGGUCUACCGCCGUUUGGUCUCCGCCGUCAACGACAUCGAGAAGCGUAUCCCAUUCUCGCACCACGACCGUCUCGGCUUCCUGACCUUCUGCCCGACCAACCUGGGAACCACCAUCCGUGCUUCGGUCCACAUCAAGGUCCCGAAAUUGGCCAAGGACUACGCCAAGCUGGAAUCCAUCGCCGACAAAUACAACCUGCAGGUCCGUGGAACCCGCGGUGAACACUCCGAAGCCGAGGGCGGUAUCUAUGACAUCUCCAACAAGCGCCGCAUGGGUCUGACUGAAUACCAGGCCGUCAAGGAGAUGUACGAUGGCAUUUCUGAACUCAUCAAGAUUGAAAAGUCGCUGUAAAUCAAAACUCCCCAACUAAUCCCAACACUAACACAUGCAAAAAGUAAAACGUUAAAAUAAAAGCCAAAAAAAGUAAUAAAACAAAAUCGUUAAAAUUUUGAUUAUUUUUGAAAUGUUUACCCGACAUCACCACUACUAAAAAAAGCACAUACCACAAACACAUUCAAGACUCUUGGUACCCACCACGAUGCCCCACCGGACGAUCCUCUGUGCUCCACCCCCGCCCCGGAUUGCAUUACAUGUUCUCCUCGCUCUAAACUAGGAAGAAACCGUGUAGAUCAUUGUUUCGAUUCAGCUGAGCUGCCUGGCAGACAAUUCGACCAUCCCCGGCCUCUCUCCCCAAACACUGUAAACCUGGCAGUCCUGGCAAUGGACCAGAGCGAUCCCGAUGCCGUCUCUUUUGGUUUGCGCAUCAUCCAUUAUUGCCUCGGUACGACGAGAAGCAAAGUGGCAUGCAAACCGAUCGACGACGAUCGUAUGACAUGAGAUUCAAACGGGUGGGUACCGGACCCCACAAGACACCUACACACUACUAUUGUAUGUAAUCCUCUGUGUCUGUGUAUUUUAACUUUUCCCUGUGUAAAUCCAUUCUCUUCGCGAUAACUUUAAAAACCGAUUCUGAUUUCGAUCUGCCUGUUAUUUUAACACGUAGCUGCUACACAACUGAAACAUUUGUGAAUUAUUUUCAUAAAAUAGUCACUAACCAGAAUCAGAGAACAUUUGAUAGGAGCAGUCGGCAUUAGAGAAAAUUAAGAAGAGAUGUGUUGUAACUGGAGUUGAUAACAGAGAAAAAAAAGUAGCAAAAACAAAAAGCGCUAGAUUGGUUGGUAAGGCAUACCACCUGUAUGUUGCUUGUCAACAGUAUUUUUGGGACGGAGUUGCGUCGAACCAGUUCGCCCAGAACCAUGUUUCGAUCGUGCUCUAGAUUCUAGGAAAGCGAACAAAGACGUUUGAAAUUUCAAAUUUACUCAUUAUUUAAAAAAAAAUAAAGGAAAAAUGAUAAAAACAUA